AUGAUGGAUGUUAAAUCGUAUCCAGUCGAUCCAUCGUAUGCCGAUCCACCAGUUAGUGAGACUGACUAUUCAACUUGGAGCAUUGUCAAAGCAGUUCAGUAUGGAAUCACCAAACGGGUUAUUGAGUUAGUAGAACCAUCUGACCCACAAGUCAUUGGUUAUGAUGUGAAUCAACUCGACGAUGAGGACGUUUCACUCUUACACUGGGCAGCUAUAAACAAUCGCCUAGCUAUCGCUCGUUAUCUCCUAUCAAAAGGUGCACUGAUAGAUAGACCUGGUGGUCAUCUUGCUGCAACUCCGCUACACUGGGCUAUUAGGCAGUCACAUUUAAGUAUGGUACACUUCCUUGUGCAACGAGGCGCUGAUCAAACAUUUUCGGACAACACUGGAUUAGGAUGUAUUCAUGUUGCAAUACAAAUCGGAAACAUUCCAGUUAUUGUUUAUCUCCUUGCUCACGGAAUUAAUGUGGACACUCGUGAUGCUAAUGGAUUAACUCCAUUGAUGAUAGCCUGCAUGCAUGUACGAUCAGUUGAUAUAUUUCGCCUGCUAAUCUCAUGGGGUGCUAAUCUACAAUUGACGGAUCCAAGAGGCAAUUCUGUUGCGCAUUAUGCUGUGAAUUUUGCUAAUUUUCAAGCUGUUAUGCAGUUAGAUAAGGCUGGUGCUGAUUGGAAUGCAAUAAAUGAUGAAGGGAAGGUGCCAUAUGAAGUUCGUGUAGUUCCAUGGUUAACCGACAAAGUGAAACAAAUGGCAACUGUACAAAAAAUGAUGAGUUCGUCACAUCGUCUAUCUCGUCUCGGCUGUUCCAUGCUUCACCACUCACCUAUUUGGCGUCAGAGGAUAACUGUCUCACUGCCACCUUUAGUUCUACUCACUUGUUGUCUUCUUGUUAACUGGGAUAUUACAUCUACGAUGCAUCAUUUAAAUUUUAUCAGUCAGUCUUCAAGUGUUUCACUAUGGAUAAUUUAUCUUGUGAAAUUUAUUCUUUUACUUAUAUUAUCGGUAGCAACGCGUUUUGCCAUUGAAAGGUUUUCCGACCAUAAAUCACAGGCUAUCAUGUUAUUCAGUCUAGCUACAAGUACAACAUUACUCCUAACAACUACUUAUUUAUUCUAUGUCACACUACACAUACCUGACUAUUGGAUGCUGCAUUUUUGGUUCCUAUUCUUCAUCACCCUAUUAUGGUCUGCUUUUAUCCUAUGCUGUACCAAAGAUCCUGGUUAUGUAAGCGAACUGAAAAAAGAAUCACAACAGGAAACAAUCCUUCAGUUGCUUGAUGAAGCAUUAUCCCCUUUAAAUGCCUCUAAAUUAUCAGAUGAUGAAGAUUAUCUGCAAGCAACUUCAAUACCAGCUAAUCCAUUACAACGCUUCUGUACCACUUGCUUUAUUCGCAAACCACUAAGAUCAAAGCACUGUUCAACAUGUGAUCGAUGCGUUGCUAGAUUUGAUCAUCAUUGUCCAUGGAUAUAUAAUUGUGUUGGAAUGCAGAAUCAUUUCUACUUCAUUGUCUAUUUAUUAGCAACAAGUAUUUCAUGUGGUUUAUUUAUGCUGGGUACAAUUGUUUACUGGCAAAAUGAAUUCAGUUGUCUGCCUCAUUCGAAGAUGAGUAAAUCUGUAGAAUUUGAUCCACUUAUUACAAUAGGAGGAUAUAUAUCAUGUAAUCCAUGGCUUACAUUCUGUUUUAUCAAUGCGGCCUUCUAUUGUUUUUGGACAACUUUAUUAUUUGGUUCACACUUAUAUCAAAUGGUAUGGUUAAAUGCGACUACAAAUGAACGUAUUAAUAUAGAUAGAUAUGUUGAAUUUACCGGUGGUUUACAAGUAUCCAAUCAGUCAAACAAUAAGCCGUCAAAUAAUGAAGAUCAACAAAAGUACAGUCGACCAUAUGAUCAUGGAUUAUGGCGUAAUCUGCUCGAUUUGAUCGGUUUACCUGGUUUCAUUGUCAAUUCAAAUAAAAAAGUUGAUUGGCGACAGAUAUAUGGACUUGAACAAUUGAAAGACUCUCCAAUUCAAAUGAAUUAUCUUGAUUCAAUAAAUAUUCAUGUAGGUAAACGAUUAUAAGACUGGUGACUAUUCAUGUGGAAAUAUACAUUCAUUGCAAUUCCCUGAAAUUGUACAUAAAUGCACUUGUUCGACAUUCGAAUGCUGAUCAAUCAUUUACGCUUUCCGUAUUUCUCCUUGACCAAUAUUACAUUGAACUUUAUUUAUAUUGGAUAUGCGAAAAUUUGUUUCACUGUGAUACUAUUAGGUUAUUACAGCAUUAUUGUUUCAUUCUUUAUGUGGGAGUUCCCAGAACUGAUAUUGCAUUAUGAGAUAGUUAGUCCAUGAUUUACUGCAUUGUCUUUUCCCAAAAAAUCUUUACUCGUUCAGUUUUGUUGACGAAGCCUUUCUAAAAGUUUUUCCAUUGCCUCCAAAACAAUCAUUAGUUAUCUCAGUCGUUCAUACACAUAUCGAAAUUUAACAUGAAUAUUUCAUAAUAAAAAGUGUUUUCGCAUCUCACUUCUUUCCAGUUGGGAAUCUUGGUGAAAAGCGGUGAUAAGAUUGGGUAAUUAUUUGUUUAGACAGUUCGUUCUGAAUCUUACAUCAGGCGUCCUCUCUGGGCUUUGAGCGCUCACUAUUCCAGUUUUUGCAUGUGUAUUAAUCUUAUCAAAACAAAUUUCAACUUUUUACGGUUUUUCUCAUCAUCAGCAUCUGUAUACUCACAUUUAUUUUACCUAAGGUUUCAUUUUUCAUGUUAGUGUACCAUUUGGUUUAUGCUUUUGUCAUUAGGUAUUACUUUACAGAGUUGUAACUCUUCCUAUUAAAUUAUUCCUUUCCGUUAUAUUUAUUUUAUGUUUUCUCUCGAAAUGUUAGUACUAUUCAUAAUAAUAUACUAUUUCUUUGUUCAUCGGUAGUACUUAACCAUGUGUUUCUAAUACUUUUGUGUAUCUCAAAUUUGUGUUACACUCAUACAUGUAUAAACUAAGUAUAAAAAGGAAAGUGAUACUCCUACUUCUUAUCUGAGUGCUGAUUGUGGUGUUUAUUUUUAUACAAUAAAACCUCGGUAUUGUGACU